AAUUAAUUUCCCUCUCUCCAAUCCUCUAUAUAUAAAACACAAAGCACACAAGCAUACCUCUCCAUUUCCAUUUCCAAAGCAGCACCCAAACCUUUGCUCAGAUAUUUUCUUCACUCAAAACUCAAAACCCAAAACCCAAAAAAAGAAGAAAAAGAAAAAAAAUAUGGGGAAUUGUAUAAGGCAUGAGCCGUCUAUGCAAUGGGGAGGGGAUGAUUGGGGUUGCAUGGCAAAUGGUGUAGAUGAUCAUGAAGAGGACAUGGAGGAGAUCAUGAAGAAGAAGAAGACGAUCAAGAUGGAGGAGGCCCAGGGGGUUUUUGAAGAUUUGGGAGCAGCUGGGUUGGCUAAGAAACUUGGUGGAGCCACAGAGGUGAAGAUCAAGAUCACAAAGAAGCAGUUGGAGGAGUUGCUGGGUAGGGUGGAUUUAAAGCAAAUGUCAGUGCAACAGGUUUUGGCUAAGCUGAUUAGCUUUGGUGAUCGAUAUGAGGCCCAUCAACGGUCUUGGAGGCCUGCCCUUCAAAGUAUUCCUGAGGUUAAUUAACUAAUCAGGUGAUUAGUGAUAUGAUUAGUGGUGAUUGUGGUGGUGAUCUCAAUCCCUUAAUUUUGCCUUUUUGUAUAUGUGAAGCUGUUAUUGUAGUUGCAAAGGGAAUAUCAAAGGGGGGAAAAAUGGGGUCAUAAAACCCUUGUAAACAUUUUGUUUAAUUUUGUACAUUAUAUACUUAAGAGUUCAAGACAAAAGCCUCAAAUUUGCCAA